CAUGAGCUAGCGCGCCCACUCUUUUCAUAUAUUUUGAUUUUCGAUGUAAGGAGCACUCGCUACCUACUAUGAUCCAUACGCAUAUCGUACCCGAGUUUGUGGUCUGACAUUGUUUUGCACAGCCAUUUCUCGGUCCUCCAUUUCUUGAUCCUUGUAUGAUGAUUCUGAAUAAGAAUUGCGUUCGAUUGGUGCUCCGUCCUGGUGGCAUUCGCGUUUUUCGAUCCCUUCCUCUUGGACGGCUUCAGCAGGAGCAUUCGGGCGUAGAAUGUUCCGUAUCGUCGUCCACAACUUCCGGACGAGGAUCAAGAUUAUUCUCUACCGCAACACAGGAUGCAGGAGCGCCGUCCAAGACUUUAUUGGCAAGCUGGGAGACAACACUGACACCCGCUUCUUCCUCUUCGUCCUCCCCUCCAAGAACCGGGACCAAUGGAAGAGAUUCUGGAAAAUUUAGCGUUGAAAUCCACGCGGCGCCGUGUAUGUUCGACCACACAUUUCUUACUUCCGUCAUAGCAAGGGGCACAACAUCUUCAAGCCGAUCCGGAUCAUCACGAGAGCCCAGCGACGGUCGAAACGCAAAGCUCUUCCUCCUGAAUCCGGCGAACGAGGGACUUUGUGGCAUUCAGUACCCAACCUUUCCGCGGAACGGGUACGGAAGUCCAGUGCCCUUCCGCAUUCCUGAAAUUAGCUUCAAUUGGUGUCGCGCGGAGGGGCAAAUACAGGAUUAUCAGACACUGGUGGCAACGAUGCACGGAGGAGGUGGUGACCGCGCGAAUGGAAGUGCUGGGGAAGUUUCUGCAAACGCAUCGGAAAGUGGAAAGCGCCAUACCGCGAUGUCGCCACCCGCCACCUACAAGCCUGCUGAGUGCGUGGAUGGGAUGGUACAUCGUUUAUGCGGGCCAGAUCUUUUGACCUACCUGACGACAGAGUAUCAUCGAAGGAAGGACUUCUCAGUUUUGCUGAACACACAACGCGAGCCCACUCCAGCUAUUCGGUGCCCACCUGGCGAAAGCCGGUGGUCUCCGGCCUUCGGGGCAUUAAAGCCGUAUUUUCCAGACGGAAUCCUUCAUGCGGUGUCGCCUUUUCGCAACUUCGAUUACAGUGAGCUUAAUGAAUCGAGCUCAUCUGAAACUGCGCCGCUCACGGCUGCGAAGCUUUUACGCCAAACCUAUCUCGACGCCUUGAGGCAAGCACUUUCACGCGCAAGCGGAAAUGAAAUUUUCGGCCACAAAGUAGCGACCGUAUCACGACCUGCAGGCGAUAGUACGGAGGCAACAAUCGCUUCCCCCCUACUCGGAACCGGUGUACGCGGCUUCGCGAUCGCUGAAGGUGCAAGGAUCGCAGCGCGUGCAUGCGUCGAGUUUUCGAAGGAAAUGACGGACGCGAAAGAUUUUGCCACGACCUCCACUUCAGAAGACAACAACUUUGUCGACCCCCAAACGGACACGAUCAAGAACGCGGACUAUUUGCAGAAGAAAGAUGGAGCGGGCACGUUGGACUACGACAGAGACGACUGGUUUUCGACAACAACGAGGGUGCCAGGAUUUUCCUACUUGUCUUCCAGACACGACGAGCCAGACUUGUACCAAAAAAUUUUAGCAUCGAAGAAGGUGGGGCAGCAACAGGCACCGGGUGCUGGGCGGAAUCAUGAUUCGAGUGGAAGGAAAGCGAAAGGCCAAACGGAUGAGGCAAAGAACGCACCAGGAGGAGUUUCGGAGUUCAAAGUUGUCUUUGUCUUGCAAGAGUCUCUAUCGCCCGCGGAUCAGGCGCACGUCGUAGCCGCGUUCGAAGAAGCUCGACAGAAUGAUGGCGGGACAGACGUCUCAAGGCUGAGAAGAACUUUCUGA